GUGAUGGACCCCAGUGUAGAGAUUAUGUCAUUAGCCUUGGAGUAGUGAAGCCCCUGCUGUCCUUCAUCAGCCCCUCCAUCCCCAUCACCUUCCUCAGGAACGUCACCUGGGUGAUGGUGAACCUGUGCCGCCACAAGGACCCCCCUCCGCCCAUGGAGACCAUCCAGGAGAUAUUGGUAGAUACAGUCUGGGCCCUCUCCUAUCUGACGGACGCUGGCAACGAGCAGAUCCAGAUGGUGAUAGACUCUGGCAUUGUCCCUCACCUGGUUCCUCUCCUCAGCCACCAGGAAGUCAAAGUCCAGACUGCUGCUCUGAGGGCUGUGGGCAACAUCGUCACUGGCACCGACGAGCAGACACAGGUGGUUCUCAACUGUGAAGCUCUCUCACAUUUCCCAGCACUUCUGAUACAUCCCAAAGAAAAAAUUAAUAAGGGGGAUUUUGGGACUCAGAAAGAAGCUGCUUGGGCAAUAAGCAACUUAACAAUCAGUGGGAGAAAAGACCAGGUGGCUUACUUGAUUCAACAAAAUGUAAUCCCUCCCUUUUGCAAUUUGCUGACAGUAAAAGAUGCACAAGUUGUGCAGGUGGUUCUGGAUGGACUAAGUAAUAUAUUAAAAAUGGCUGAAGAGGAAGCAGAAACCAUAGCCAACCUUAUAGAAGAGUGUGGAGGCCUGGAGAAAAUUGAACAGCUACAAAACCAUGAAAAUGAAGACAUCUACAAACUGGCUUAUGAGAUCAUUGACCAGUUCUUCUCCUCAGAUGAUAUUGAUGAAGAUCCAAGCCUUGUUCCAGAAGCGAUCCAAGGCGGAACAUUUGGUUUCAAUUCAUCUGCCAAUGUACCAGCAGAAGGGUUCCAGUUUUAGAGUGGUAUUUUGGAAGUUUAGGUACAAUGCAGCACUGAAUAAAAAAAAAAAAAAGGUUUGAUCCAUCAA